CUUUCCAGACGUUGCCAAGUCAAGGUCCGCGACGAGUCGUAGACACUUCGGUGUUCACUAAUCCCACGAAGUGCAGUAGAGUUUGCUUCUUGGUUGAACUCUUUGAGCCCACGUGCAAUUUCACCGUCGAUGACGAGGUCAGCGAUGUUGAAGUCGUAAGCUCUGCAGUGGACUGCCUGGUCAGAUCAUUCAGUUAGGACGACUAAUGGGAUAGGAGGGGUGGAGGUGAUCAUCGGGCCGAGCUACCGUAUGUGGCAACAAUGAUAUAUAUGUCAUUGCCCUUCCUCAGAGUCUGUGGUAUCCAGUAUCCCAAGUUCCAACACAACAGCCAAAUCACCUCAGCUUCAUCAGCAUCAGCAGCGCGCAACGUCAAAUUUGACACUUCAUCCGACUCGACCCUCACAAGAUGCAUAUCACGGUAGUGCCCGCUUCCCCCAAGACCGGCCAGGCGACCAUCCGCAGCCUGCUCGCCGACCCUUUCAACCCCACUGUCAGGGCUUACUACCGCGAUUUGAGCAAAGUCCCUUCCGAGCUCAAGUCCAAUCCGCGCUUCGAAGCCGUCAAGGGCGACGUCGAGGACGCCGGCAGCCUCGACUUCUCAGGCUCGGAUGCCGUCUUGAACAUCACCCCGCCCCUGUACGAAGAAAAGGAUAUCAUUGCCCAUGCUCGCCUGGUGUCGGAGAAUGUCAAGGCUGCUGUCAAGAAAGCCGAAUCCGUCAAGCGGCUUGUGCUUUUGUCGAGCGUCGGCGCCCAAUAUGCCCACGGCACUGGCGAGAUCCUGACGAACCACGAAGCCGAAGUCGUGCUCAAGGACGCCGCACCCGAGGUUGUCUUUGUCCGAUGCGCCUAUUUCAUGGAGAACUGGGCAACGGCUCUUGAAACACUGCCUCAGGGCUUCUUCUUCACGACGCUUACGCCGCUAGAUCAUGCCCUGCCCAUGAUCGCAGUCCAAGACAUCGGGUCGACCUGUGCCGCCGAGCUCCUGGCCACGGGCACCGCGCUGCCCUCGAGCCCGCACAUCUUUGAGCUUCACGGCCCUCGCGCCUACACGUCGGCAGACGUGCAAAAGGCGUUUGAGGAAAUGCUUGGCAAGAGCAUCGAGAUGCGGUCUGUCGAGAAGUCUGGUCUGCACGACUUUUACGCCGCCGUGUUUCCGCCCGGCGUGGCGGCGCACUUUGCCGAGAUGAACAAGAGCUACCUCGAGGGCGGCAUCUUGUAUGAAGAUCCGCAGCCGACGCCGGGCGAGAAGAGGUACGGCAACACGGAGCUGGUCGACGUCUUUCGGCAGAUGCUGGGCGCUGGAGAAUCGCCCUGAAGAGCGGUAGCCUGGGCGCGGGGAAAUGGGCGGUUAAGUCCAUGUUUUGGUGGGAUAAACUGGCGAUGGUGCGGCAGCUUCAAUGCCAUUUGACUGCUGUGGUUUGGUAAUGAAGGGCUUUGGUCAAAAAAUGGGUCACAUUUGGAAUUCUGCAGUAGUUAACUAACGGUAUCUGUAACUAUCCGUACUUCACGGGCAUUGCCUGAUUCAAAGUUGCCGGAUAGGAGACCUCGAUCUCACCGUCCAAUCUAUCAU